CUUUCUUCAUUGUAUACACAGUGGUUGGUCCUGCCUGCAAACCCAUCUUCCGAGGAGCAACUGCCAUAAGUGUUGCGGCAAGAGCAAAAAAGGGCGCAGAUGCGAAUCGCAACCACGGUUCGCGCUGCCGCCUUUGGACUACAACAUUUACAUGUCCACGCAUAACAUACUACUCAAAGACGUAUUCUCACAUCGUUUCACGAAACAGAAGGUAUCCUCUGAGUCAUCUACACUGCAAUCGUUCACUUCCACACGCGGCAUCGGACAAACCAACGCGAAUCCAAACCAAACACCAACAUCCCUUCGACACCAUCGGCACCCACGCUUCCACCGGAAAUCAUGGCAGCAUCGUUAAGGGCCCAAUCCCAAUCCCAAUCCCAAUCCCAAUCCCAAUCCCAAUCCCAGAAAACUGGCCCUGUCUACUUCUGGAAGCCACAAGAUGGACACGGGUAUCUGGGCCAGUGGUUCUGGAGCCCCUGGACGUACGAGGGCGACACGUACAAGACGGCAGAGAUGUGGAUGAUGGUUGGGAAGGCGCGGCUGUUUGGAGAUGAGGAUGUCGCGCGGGAUAUUCUGGCCGCGGAUGAUCCUAGGGAGCAGAGGGCGCUGGGGAGGAAGGUGCGGAACUUUGACGAGAAGGUCUGGGAUAAGAACAAGGUGCGCAUCGUUGAGGAAGGCAACUACCUCAAGUUCACAAUCUCCGAAGACGCAGAGAGUCUGCGGGCGAUGCUGCUCGCGACGGGCGAGAGGGAACUGGUCGAGGCAAGCCCGAUGGAUCGGAUUUGGGGCGUGGGGUUUGCGGAGAAGAAUGCUGGGGUGAAUCGGGCGAGGUGGGGACAAAAUCUGCUGGGGAGGGCGUUGAUGAAUGUUCGAAGGAGGCUGAGUGAGGAGAACACUCGGAAGGAGAAGGCCAAGGGAGAAGAAGAGGAACAGGAGGAGGAAUAAACGGUGGUAGACACGCUGUUUAGGGCGUAAUAGUAUUGUUUGAUGUCUCACUUCGUCGCAAACAAGAAACAAGGUCUAAACGACAGAAACGUAUCGUCUCCUACACUCGAACCAAUCACCCCACGUCAUUCACCUCGCCCCAACCCGCCAAAAACACCCUUGAAGUAGCAAAGAGAGAAUCACCUCUUUACGAAUCGAACUCAAGCUCCGGGUCCCACACACCGCAG